CUUGUCUGUCUGGCUGGCCAGUAGGCCCCGGAGCGUCAGUUCGAUUGCACGGCGCACGCGCAGCUCUACCGCCGACAAUCUAGGGCGUCCUUAUGUGAUACAUCACCAUUACUUUUUACUUCUUCACUUAUUAUGGAAAAAGUGCACAGUGUUAAUUAGUAAUAUACAGUGUGCCAUUUGCCUAAAUCUGAAGUGAUCAAAUUUUAAUUUCGCACUAAUUUAUGUGGGUUACAUAGUAAACUAAGUGUCAAGUGUGUGACCGUAUUGUUUUGGCUUUUUGUAUUCUCUACUGCAUCUGUUAGUAGGUAGACAUUUCUUGGAAGUGUACAAAUUGGUUUUGGUGAAUGAGUCAACUCACAGGCGUCGGGAUUGUUAACGUUGUCAACGUGCUGCCCACGAUAUCCGAAGGCGUGACAAUGAGGGAAAAAAGGGGCGGCGCUAUGAGCAAAAUGCAAAAGCUUCGGAAGCGCCUGUCCCUUAGCUUUGGUAGAUUAUCAACAAAAGACGAGCCCGAUGGGGACAGUGGGGAGUGUCGCGGCCGGCAACAGAAUGGAGGCGGCCGCGGCAAGCUGCCCUACAACGGGUAUUCAGAGGAGUGCCUAGACCGGCUCGAACCAAACGGGAACAUACCACAUGACAAGGAGCCUCAUUAUGAAUGGAGCGGUGGAGGCAACGGCGAGUACCGGGUACGGAGACAAUUGUCGGUGUCGUCCGACUCGAAACUGCUGGACGAGGGUGCUCGGGAGGACGCCAGGGUGGUGAUGAGGCCCAAGCGACCACCCAGGCCUAAAUCAGAGGCCUUCCUAGGACCGCAUGACCACAGCAAUCGCCGCACUAAGCGGUUUAGUGCCUUUGGGGGAGAUUCUCCGUUCGGGAAAUCCGAAGCUUACAUAAAACUCGAACAGCUCGGUGAGGGUUCCUAUGCCACAGUGUAUAAAGGUUAUAGCAAUUUAACACAGCAAGUAGUAGCAUUGAAAGAGAUCAGACUGCAAGAGGACGAGGGUGCGCCAUUCACGGCGAUCAGGGAGGCGUCGUUACUCAAAGAGUUGAAGCACGCCAAUAUAGUCACGCUGCACGACAUUGUGCACACGCGAGAAACGCUCACAUUCGUGUUUGAAUUCGUGGACACAGACCUAUCACAAUACAUGGAGAGGCAUCCGGGCGGGCUGAACCAUCACAACGUAAGGCUAUUCAUGUUCCAGUUACUGCGCGGUUUGUCCUAUUGUCAUCGAAGAAGAGUCUUACACAGGGACGUGAAACCACAAAAUCUACUAAUAAGCUCUCACGGGGAACUGAAACUGGCCGACUUUGGCCUAGCUCGGGCCAAGUCGGUGCCGAGUCACACGUAUUCACACGAAGUCGUCACGCUUUGGUAUAGGCCACCAGAUGUGUUAUUAGGCAGUACAGAAUACUCGACGUCAUUGGACAUGUGGGGCGUUGGGUGCAUAUUCGUCGAGAUGUUGUGCGGUGUGCCCACCUUUCCGGGAGUAAGGGAUACACACGACCAACUCGAUAAGAUAUUCAAGGUGGUGGGCACACCGACGGAAGAGAGCUGGUCAGGUGUGAGCCGCCUCCCAGGGCUGCGGACGCACGUGUCCCGAUGGGGAUCGUGCCCGGCCCGGCCGCUCGGCUCGGCAUUCCCGCGGCUACGUGACGGCGGGCGAGACGCUGAACGACUAGCCGCCUCGCUGCUACAGCCAGACCCGUGCCGCCGGCUCGCCGCCGACCGGGCGUUGCACCAUGUGUACUUUGCGCCACUGCCUCCUCGGCUUAGGGAGUUGCCCGAUGAGGUAUCAAUAUUCACAGUGGAGGGCGUUUGCAUGCACCCGGAAACGCGGCACGCCGCCAUCAAGUGAGCGACCCACCGACCCACGUACCUUAGUUGAAUCUGUUACAAUUCGUUUGUCUGCAUACGCAGCUCGCCGGUCGGUCCAACCAGCAGGACACUUCGACCAACCUGUAAGGUCACAUCGACCCAACACAACAUCACACUAGUCCUACUUAAGGUCGCUCCGACCGACACUAUGCAUAGAAAGCGAGCUUUAUCCGAUAGUUAUAAUAGCAUGUUUCAAUUCCUAUAGUUUUAAUGUAUUGAAAUCUGGUUGACUCGUUUUUGGUGGACCAAAAUUUCGUGAUAGUUCUCUCGUCUAGUUUAAAAUUGUUCGAACGGGCAUCGAAUGCCAGCGACAGUAUUCGUUUUUAUUUCAAAACCUUAUUAUUUGUCCAUCCGUCGUCUGCUACGUCGACAUGAUAUUUAAGCGCUUGCUAGCUUCUAACUGAAUAUCCAUCCAUAUAAUUCAAUUAUUCUAUGGUGACAAGGUAAACUGAUAGGUAUCGAGUGUACGAAUUAUAUAUGUAUAAAUAUAUAACAGAGCAGUGUGCCAUGUAUAUCUAUAAUUGAGAAGAGUAUGACGUGUUAUUUUAAAAGAUUUUUAUGCUGGAUAUAUGCUCAUAAUUUGGUAAAAAUGUUGAAGAUGUUUAUUUAUAUUUAUUAAGGGACGACGAAGUUUACUCUAAUGCAGUCUUAUGAAAAUAUACGGUUAAUCUGAAGUACUGUACUACGAGUCCGUAAAAUACCGGUAUCAAUCUAUGUUUCGAGUAAUUAGAAGUAAAACAGUGCCGACUUUUAACGUAGUGAUUACUUGCUCUGUGGUCGUAUAAAUUAAGCGGGACUCGUAGUAUGGUGCUGGAACAAUUCACUGCGUUCACCUCAAUCUUAUGCACACAUUCCUUCCACGGUGCUCAAAUAGUAACGUUAGGGUGGCGAGGAGAUGUGUGGCCAGUAUAAUAUUGCUAGUACCUACAACAAGCACGCCGCUGUAGCUUCUCACAUAGCGACACGCGUUAUAACACGAGGUCUCGUUGCGAGAUUACCAUGCCCAUCUGUUUUAUAAUUUUUCUAUAAAUUAUUUUUAUGUACGUUUCCUUUAUUACUAGGCCUAUAAUAUACUAUACAAGUAAUAAUAGAUUUUGACUGAAAAGCAAUAAUUACAUGUGUAUUUUUAUGACGUUUUUUAUGGUAUAGAAUGGCAAAUUAUUAAAAGACGGCUGUUAAAUUAGUCAAACUUUGAAUAAGCGUUGAUUUUCAACCGGGCGGAUACGUGUUCCUCAGCAAAUAUGAAUUAAUUUCAAUAAAAAAAAAAUGGUUGUGGUAAUUGCGCAAUGAGACCUCACGCUAUUAGCACUUGCAUCGACUAUUUUCAGUGAUACAUGCGAAUUGACAGGAGAAAUAUCUAUUACCAAAAUUAAUUUAAUAUCGUCACAGAUCUCAAAUAUAUAAAAGUGUGGGACCGUCCUACUGUAUAUUGUAUCGUGAAUACGUUAAGGGAAUUCGAUUCGAGAACUAUAAUAAAAUUUAAUUCUUCGUGGCUGUAUGAGAGACGCGUAGAGUAGAUGGGAGUAGAUUCCGUCUAGACUAAAAACAUUAGUGAAAUUAACCAGUUAGUCGAAUUUUAGUGGUCCCUCACAAUGUAAGAUUAGGAGUGCAAUGUAUUGUAGUGUCCGGCACAUUGGCAACUUGUAUACGAAAUAUAUUCCGGCAACUCUUCUACUUUUGAAUGGUUUAAUAUAAUCGCCCUCCCCUAUUGCUGGUAAGGCUGGAUCCACACUAUGAUACCAGUUCUCGUUUCGUUCUCGAUUCGAUCUCGGUAAUGGUCACUAGAAAUAAUUCGAGAUUGAUCGUGACUGGAAUGAAAUGGGACUGAACUCUAGUAGGAAUAUACAUAUUGUUUCUUACUUAGUAAUAAUAUUUUAUCAGACCGAGAUCGAAUCGAGAACGAGUCGAGAUCAGUAUUAUAGUGUGGACCCGGUCUAAGUGUCUAUGAUUUCAACAUAGUAUUAGAUCCAAUCGAAACGUGCUUUAAGUUCAGGUUAUUAAAAUAAUAAUCUAACUGAAUCAGCUAAUUCUAGAAUUUUCACUACACACAUAUAAAUAGACAUAUCUAUAAUGUUCUCCCAAUAAUAAUACUAUUUACGACAACACAGUAAGUCUGAAACCAGAACAUAUUCACUUUCUAGUCCUUGUGUUCUUUGGAAUUCUAUUCUGGAAAUAACUAUUCCAAUAAUAGAAUCACUUUCCAAUUCAAACGUGCUAUUCGUUCCUACUCUGUAGUAACAGAUAGUAUUAUUGAAAGCUCUGAAAUAUUUCAAAAUAAAUAACUAAAUGCUUAAUAGUUUUAGUAUUUCUUAAUGAAUUCGUAAUUCAUUUUAAACCUUUUCACUGCUGUUCUGGUUAGAAUUACAUAUCCGAGUGUUUUAUACAAAAUUUCAAUUACAUUUAUCUUACAAUUUUAAUUAGUACAAUUUGAAACUUAACCAUUACGCAUUGUAGAAGUUAAUUAAGUCAUAAACAUGUAUUUUUUUUUAUAAUUUAUCGUAACCAAACACAAGGCCGAAGAAUUGGCAGCAGCGUCCCUUGUAAAACAUCAUCAAAGUCUAACUGCAGUCACCAAUCCACCUGCUAAGUGUGGCAACUACUGGCGAAACCCCCUAAUGGGGGGAGGCCAAUGUUCAGCAGUGGACGGUUAACGGCUGAUAUGAUAAUGAUGAUGAUGAGACAUGAUUUUAUCGUCACGAUAUAAUAUUGUAGAUGUAUAUAUACGGUACUAAAGGUACCCACUUCUUUCUCUUCCGUUCUCGCAGUUUUGGACAUUAAUUCUUCAAAAAUCCACUGACAUACAAAACCAAAGACUGGUUACUGAUAAAAACAAUAAUAGGGACAAUAACGGGCCAUUGCCCAAUAAACAAACAUUUAUAUACAAUAGGAGCCAGAGACGGCCCUCUAUGUCGAGGCUGUUUUAACGCUGAAAAAACGGCUGCUAACGUAAUCCUGGAAAAUGAAGCUGUGGCCCCUCAACGUUUAGAAAUCCUCGGAACCGUGAGGCUUGUGAAGAUUCCAGGAAACUUCUGUGCUUCUGGUCGGCGCUGGGCUGGCUGUACUAGCCACUACUCUACGCACAACGGCCCAAAUGAGAGGCUAAGCGUGAAAAAGAGAGUCCAAUUUACAUUUCGUACGAUAAUCUCUUUGGUAUUAUCGCCGACGAGAACUUAAAAUCAUUUUAUUUUGUUUAUCUUUUAUAUCGUGACAAUAAAAUUGUAAUUGGGUUAUGUUACAGUAAAUUAUAAAAUCGUCAACUAAGCUAAAUAAAGUCAAGUUGUCAGUGUGCGCGGAGAAUACUAGUGAGUGUAGAUCUACUUAGUGUUAGGCAUGUACCGAGCUUUAGAUACGUUACAGCGGGAGCGGCGCUGGACGCUACGAAAUUAUAAAGGCAACGGUUUAUGGUAUGGUCACAAAUUCUAGCGCCGCUCUCGCCUCGACGCGUUGUAAUAUAUUCGGCUCCGAACACCAAAAUAGUACGUAAAUUUGUAUAGAUCGUGAAACGCAAUAUUUACCGUGUACAUGAUUUGUUGAAUUUUGUCUAUAUGUAAUUUAAGUUAGGGCCCCGACAGCGGUGAAGCGGCAGCGAUAAAGGAAUUAAAGGGUGCGUUUAAAAUAUCAAAGGCGAGGAUUACUUUUGCAUGAGACGACGUGUUAAUGGCAUACCAAAAAUACUGAAUUCGAAAGCAAUUGUUAAAGACAUGACACUGUAAUUAUAAUUAAUUUAGCAUUCUCUCUACACUUGUAAUACUUACUUUUGAUAAUGAUAUUAAAAUCAUGAAAUCGCAAAUUUAAUCAAUAAAAUCGCUCUUGCUUCCGCUUCGACCGCCAAAGGAGCCCUACAGUUAGGGAGUGAGGCAAGUUAAUAAUUCACCCGUUGAGUGAGGCACAGAGCGCACCUCGUGCGUAUGUAACAUAUAAAUGAUACGAGAUUACAUGAGCAUUUAUAAAUGAAAAUAGUGAAAAUUCUAUUGUAUACAUAAUUUGCAUUUGUAUGAUGAAGAACUGAUGUUAAUGUCUACGUUUGCUACAUUAGAGGAUACGAUGGAACGAAUUGUGUAAAUAAUUAUGCAAUUAAUUUUAGUUAAAAACCUUCGCAGUAGCGGCAUGUUGAUUUUCAACGGGCAAAUUGAUUAGAUUUAAUUCCAGUUAAAUUAAAUAUGUUUAAUUUCUGAGGUCGAAUUGAUUUAAUUCAAUUUCAGUGAUUAAAUUGAGUUGAAUCAUUGAAACGGCUCGUUCCAACGUCGUGUAACACACCUGUUCGACUUUCAAUUCUUCAAAUCUUGGUUUUACGCCGUGACAAGUAAUAAAUAUGCUAAUGGAAGUAUUAACACCCGCUACUGUGAAGGCAUUUGGUUUCUUAGUUUCUACUAUCCUACGAGUUGCCAUUGCUGUUUCUAUGAGUUCCGAAAUACACGGAAUGAUGAGAUUUAUUUUCUUUACAUUUAAUUGUAAUUCAUAAGUUGUAUUAACUAUUAUUUUACGGAAUUUCUGCUGAUAUAUAGUAAUGAUUUUUUUUUUAUUAUUUUCUAAUGUAUAAACAAUGUGCUUUUACUCGUUCAAAAGAAUGUAAAUACGAUAUUUGAACUGAUAAUAAUAAAAGUUUUUAUUUCUUAAUGAAAAA